CCGAAAAUGAGCUGAUUCGGGUCUGACCUCACGACCAGCCCAGUGGAGCUAGCUCAGCAAAAGCGGGUCAACGGUUGCAUUCAUCCAUCUUUGCCCGAAACCUCGAAGCUCACCUGCACUCCAUUGACACACCACACCCAACACCACCCCAAUCGAGCGCCUCGCCGAAAACAAUCCGUCGCCAUGUUCGUGCAGCGCCAGAUUGCCCGCGCUGUGCCGCGUUUCAACGCGCAACUCCGCGCCCAGGCCCAGCGCCGCUUCGCCAGCACCGAGACCGAGAGCAGCUUCGUCCGCGAGCGCCGCGCCGUGAAGGAGCACGCCGGCCACACGACUGAGCUCUGGCGCAAGAUCUCCCUCUACGCCGUCCCCCCCGCCCUUCUUCUCAGCGGCGUGAACGCCUACAUUCUCUGGAACGAGCACUGGGAGCACUGGUCGCACAUGCCCCCUCUCGAGGAGCGCGUCGAGUACCCCUACCAGAACAUUCGCACCAAGAACUACCAAUGGGGCGAUGGUGACAAGACCCUCUUCUGGAACGAUUCGGUCAACUACCACAACAAGGACAAGACCACCUAGACAAAUAACCCGGGCAGCGGUCAUUCCGUUUUCCCGAGGACAAAGGAGAGGUGGUUACGUAGAUGGUUCCAAGAGAGACGGCACAAAUAGCCAGCCAACUGUAUAUGUUUCCUAGAGUUGAAGAAUUGAACUCCAGUGAUCUGGGGCUCGCCGCUGAUAGAUCUCGUGUGCUGCUGUGCCUAUGCGACUUUGUUGCGUCGUCGUUUGCCCAGAACUGUCCGUGGUAACAUG